AAAUAUUAGUUUUCUUGUUGCUCGUUUUUUCCCCCUUCUUACGUGAUCAUUCACUACUGUCCAAGAACCAACUGAACAUAAAAACAAAUCAGAAUCUGAAAAAAAAAAUGCAUUCGUAUAUUCAAGAGCAAGAAAAAAAAUGAAAAGAUUCUUUAGGUACUUAACCGAUGGAUGAACCACCCUUCAAAGAUAACAUCGGAUCUUCACGAGCGGCUUAACCAUGAUUGAGAGGCAAGCCAGCUCUUACGCAUUGUCCUGCAAUCAUGAAAUGAGACAUUGUUUAAUAGCCACUCGUGUGACUGAACCGUGAUUGCUAUGCAGAAAGCAGACACGAUCCGAUACAAUUCAGUAUCGUCUCCUCUUCUUUCGGGAAACGACAUUGCACGUUGCAUUAUUCUGAUCACGAACACGUCUUUGUUUCUUGGGUUUGGAGGAUGAGAUUCCUUUUGUCUCCCACCUUGAUCGUGUAUAUAUAGAUAUCGAGCAGAAGGGCGAUGAAGGCAAGAACAUCUCAGCACUCAAACGCAUUUUCUCUACCUCGAAACCAAACCAGAAGAAAAACAGCAAAAAAGAUGGCAGCAACCUUCCACGUUCGUUCCAACAGCUUUCCCACAAGGCAACACCCUCAAGCUGCUCAUGUGGAAGAGCAGUUGUGCCGGUUGAGAUCCUCUGAAGCCACCUCCACAUCUUCUUCCUCUUCUAUUGGACAAAGACUAACCGACCUCCAGGAUUUGCACGAUUCCCUCGAGAAGCUCCUUCGCUUACCCUUCACCCAGCAAACCCUUGACAAGAAAGCCGUCGAGAAGCUUCUUGAUGGAUCUCUCAACAUAUUGGAUUUCUGUAACAUUACAAAGGAUGCUCUGUCUCAGACAAAAGAGUGUCUCAACGAGAUCCAAUCAAUCCUACGGAGAAAACGCGGAGAUCUUUCGAGCGAAGUUAAGAAAUACUUGGCCUCACGAAGAUCCCUCAAGAAGUCAUUCCAGAAAGUACUCAAGAGUUUGAAGGCCACCAAUGGCGACGAAUCUCUGACUGUGUUUGGAGAAGCUGAAGGUCUGACAAUUUCUCUGUUUGAUUCUCUGUUUUCCUUCGUGUCUGAAUCAACAACACCUUCUGGCAAAUGGUCGCUGGUCUCGAAGCUGAUGAACCAUAAAAGAGUUGCAUGUGAAGCACAAACUGCAAACGAGUUUGCAAAGGUUGAUUCUGCAUUUCAGUCCUUCGCCGAGAACAAGUCUGAAAAUCCGUUGAAAAUGGAGGAUGUGAAGAGGCUGGAGAGCUGCGUCCAAGAUCUGGAAGAGGGGAUCGAGUCUCUCUUCAAAUCUUUGAUGAAAUACAGAGUCUCUCUUCUUAACACAUUUGGCCACUAAGC